CAAAGUGCGAAGCUUCUGAUGGGUAUCGUGUUAUACCUGUCAUACGCUCUACAAUUCUACGUGCCCAUGGAAAUGGUUACCAGGCUGCUGGGAACCAGAGGGGAGAACUACCAGAAUGUCAUCCAGAUCAGCAUCAGGACUGGGAUGGUCGCUUUUUCUGUUGCCAUAGGAGCUGCAUUCCCGAGCUUAGAGCUGGUCAUCAGCUUCGUUGGAGCGGUGUUCUUCUCGACACUCGGUCUUCUAAUACCAGCGGUCGUGGACACGGUCUACAACUGGGACAGGGAUCUGGGCUUCAUGAAGUACGUUCUCUGGAAGAACAUCCUCAUCAGCAUCAUCUCCCUCGUAUGCUUAGUCUCUGGUGCCUAUACCUCCAUCCAGGGAAUGUUCGAGGAGUUCGGUGGCGGCGGCCAUCAUGAGACCUUCGAUAAUGCUACUCUGACAUGAUGUUCCUAGUCCAACAAUUUGAGAGUUGUUCCAUAUGGAUCCCUACUGAUUUCCUGAGGGAUUAGUUGUAUUUUUUAUAUUUACUAUUCCCGUAGAUUAGAAGUAGAGUAGAUUAAGUAGUUAUGUGUAAAAUGUUAAAAUGAAUAUUGUUCUCUAGCUAGGCUGUACUUGCCAAUAAAAAAAGUGAUCAAACUGUAGUAGUAAGGUAUUCAGUGGAUCAUAUUAUUAUAGGUGUACUAGCUUUCCGCCCGCGGUUUCGCCCGCGUGGAAUAUUUCGGUUUUUUAUAUAACCUAUGACACUCAGCAAUAAUGUGGCUUUCUAUUGCUGAAAGAAUUUUUAAAAUCGGUUCAGUAGAUCCCGAGAUUAGCCCUUACAAUUUAACAAAUAUACAAACACACAAACUUUACCUCUUUAUAAUAUUAGUAUAGAUUAACAAAUUAUAAUAAUUAGCGGAAUCGAUUUGGGGGUCAGACCGAAACAACUCUAAUUUGAGGUUUGCGAGUUUUAAUUAAUGUACAGUUGUUAGUCUAAGCUACACAAAUGUAUUUAUUUUUAGAUUUUUAAUAAUACUAUUAUUAUUUAAGUUUGUUACCAGUUAUUGACUAAGCUAGGUACUAAUUUUAAUUGACAAUUAAUUUGAGGUUACUAACUUUAAAUCAGUGAUAACUAAUACUUAGUUAAUAGUAUUAUAAGGAUUUGUACAAAAUAGAGGCUGUGAUUCCAUUUCUAAGUACAAAAAUAAAAAUAAAUCAAUCAUAUUUUUAUCACUUGUACAGUUUCAUAAAGACAUUUCCAGUAAAAACAGAAAUACUUAUUUUCAGACCUUAUUAUUUGUUUAUCAAAAUAAUAUAAAUUAAAUUUCUCUUUUUAUUUUCUAUUAAAAAAAAAAAAACAGGUUUAAGAGAAAACUGUGUCAAUAGGUUUAACCACCUUAUUUAGGUCUUAUAUUUUUCAAACCUUAUCAACAUAUUUUUGGGUUUCGUAAAAUAGUAGAUUAAUAAAACUUAUGUUUCAUA